CAUCGUGUAUGUUCGAGCAGCCUUUCGAAUGUUCCAUGGCGUACGGUGAGUUUUUCUGCCAUUUGCGGCUGUUCGUGAUGACUAUCAGUACUUUACCACAUUCCGAACAUACAUGUGGACGACAUUAUUGAUUUCAGCCUUGUCUGACCUUGCUUCAUGUUUUCUCUGCAAGUUCGAACGAUCGACUGAUUGCUAUUUUGCGUUUCAGGUGUGCGUCGUGGAUUUACCUAGCUUGUGCGUCUAUUUUUAUAUUUUCAAUGCCUUUUUUUGUUCUUGGAUGAAAUCUAUUCGAUGGGCGGACCGAACGUGGUGCUCCCUUCAAGUCUCCCAAUGUACAAUGUGGAGAUGGGAGCAUUCUCUUGUUGAAAUGCAUCGAAAGCUGACCUUUUUCUAUUUUAAUUUUAUCUGCCUUCUGAUCUCGCGUUAAUCACAAUGCUGAUAUAUCUUUAUCGCAGGGUCGUGUCAUGAGUGACCAUCGUGUUCCAUAUGGGUUCCGUGUGUUGGACAGUGCGACGACCGUACUGUGAAUUGGUGCUGUCAGACACCUGUAUUUCAUCUCGCUUGAGUCACUGCCGACGUCUUGGGAUGGUUGCGCCCACAAAUGUCGGAUGGGUUU